GGAUGUCGUAAUCAUUCGGCGCCAGCCGUCACGUGGGCCCUGACGGAGCGCCGCAGGGGAGAGGGGCUCGCCCGGAGGGUCGGGUUUGUUUCCGGAAGUGCCGCUCCCCGGCCGGGCCUAAGCCGCGGGCAUGGAGGUGACCAGGAGCAAUUUUAAGGAUAACCUUGGGAAAAUUUAUGAAGCUAUUGAAGAAGCGGACUUUUUGGCGAUUGAUGGAGAGUUUUCAGGCAUCAGCGAUGGACCGUCCGUCAGUGCGCUGACCAAUGGCUUCGACACACCUGAAGAAAGGUAUCAGAAACUGAAAAAGCAUUCUAUGGGUUUCUUGCUUUUCCAGUUUGGACUCUGCACUUUUAAAUAUAAUCUCACGGAAGCAAAGUACGUAAUGAAAUCAUUUAAUUUCUAUAUCUUCCCCAAACCUUUCAGCAGAACGUCACCAGAUGUAAAAUUUGUCUGUCAGAGUUCAAGUAUAGACUUUUUAGCAAACCAGGGAUUUGAUUUUAAUAAAGUUUUUUGCAACGGAAUCCCUUAUUUAAAUCAAGAGGAGGAAAGGCAGCUACGGGAGCAGUACGAUGAAAAGCGUUCCCAAGCUAACGGGGCCGGAACUUUGUCCUAUGUGUCCCCAAAUGCUACCAAGCACCCUGUGACUAUUCCUGAGGAUCAGAAGAAGUUCAUUGAGAAUGUGGUAGAACGGAUAGAAGAGCUCUUACAGAAGGAGGAGAGUAGCAGCUUGGAGCUGGAACCAUGCACAGGAUUCCAGAGAAAGCUGAUCUAUCAGAUGUUGAGCUGGAAGUAUCCAAAAGGCAUCCAUGUUGAAACUGUGGAAACGGAUAAGAAGGAAAGGUACAUUAUUGUCAGCAAAGUGGAUGAAGAGGAGCGCAAACGGAGAGAGCAGGUCAAGCAAGUGAAAGAGCAGGAGGAGCUUAAUGACGCCGUGGGAUUUUCCCGAGUCAUUCAUGCCAUUGCAAAUUCUCGGAAGCUUGUGGUUGGCCAUAAUAUGCUGCUGGACGUCAUGCACACCAUCCACCAGUUCUACUGCCCCCUGCCGGAGGAACUUGGCGAGUUUAAAGAAGUAACAACAUGCGUCUUUCCAAGGCUCCUGGAUACGAAGCUGAUGGCCAGCACCGCACCGUUCAAGGAAACGAUCAGCAACACCUCUCUUGCGGAGCUGGAAAAGCGGCUCAAGGAGAGACCUUUCAGUCCUCCAAAAGUCGAAAGCGCGGAAGGAUUCCCCAGUUACGACACAGCCUCUGAGCAGCUCCAUGAAGCAGGUUACGACGCUUACAUCACCGGCCUGUGCUUCAUCUCCAUGGCCAGCUUCCUAGGUUCCUUCCUCAGCCCUCCCAAGAAUCCCGUCUCUGCCAAUUCAAAGCUCAUUGAACCGUUUUUCAACAAGUUAUUUCUCAUGAGGGUGAUGGACAUCCCGUACCUCAACUUGGAAGGGCCGGAUUUGGAGCCAAAACGAGACCACGUUCUUUAUGUGACGUUUCCCAAAGAGUGGAAGACGAGUGACCUGUACCAGCUCUUCAGGGCUUUUGGUAAGAUUCAGGUGUCCUGGAUUGAUGACACGUCGGCAUUUGUGUCACUUAGUCAACCCGAGCAAGUACAAAUCGCUGUUAACACCAGCAAGUAUGCAGAAAGCUACAGGAUCCAAACCUAUGCAGAAUACAGCGAGAACAAGCAUGGGGAAAAGAGGCAAGGAAAGAGGAAAUGGACCGAAGACGGCUGGAAGGAAGUGGAAGCCAAGCGGUUGAAGCCGCAGACCUUGCCGCCCUUGCUGCAGAGCCGGUUCUGCAAUUUCGCCAGUUUUACUGCUACCAGCACGGUGGGAAAGAGGAGCAUGAGCCCCAUCGAAGAGGAGAGCGACAGUGACGGUGACGAAGUGGAAGAAGCGGCGCUGGACCCCUCUGACCCCUUAGAGGAAUCCACUGAUGACGGGAAGAUGGCCAAGAAGUUCAAGAGAGCCAAAAGGGAGGAAGACGCAGCAGGGGACAUCACGACGGCUUCCUCCACGCUCUUUGAAGUCCCGGACAUGUGGUAGCCGGCAGCUGUCCUGUUGCAAAGUGGACUGUGGCUCAAAGGGGUCUGUGGCCAGCACAGUGACUCAGAAGCCACGCCGUGUAAAUAAAGUGGGGGUCUAUUUAAAAAAGGAAAGGAAAAGAAACAGCAGGGUGUCUUUUGGAAAUCACUUUAAUUUUUUAAACUGUCUCCUGAGCAAUCAUUGUCGCAGUUCUUCGUGUGUGUGCACAAGUCGGUUUUGUUGAUGAUGUGAAAUAUUUGCUGUCGUCAAGUGCUAAACCUAAAUGCCAGGUGGGUGUUAGCUCGGAUCACCUGGAAUCUGCAGAAGUGAUCCGUCCCUGCCCCAAUUCCACUCUUCCGCUCCCUGCCCACAAGGAAGGUCUUUUCUCGCACUGCUCUUGUAACUCCAUUCAACCCUCACUGUCUCUUAAACUCUUCCGUUCUUGGUCUCCUGAAAACAUAAAAUGUUCGCAAUAGGCUACCCUCUGUCAGCCUCUCUCCCUCCCGCCUACUGAAAUUAACGAUGAAACUUACUCAGAUUUUGGUGGAACUGAUCCUAAAUUUCACAUUUUGUUUGGGGCUUACAUGGUGGGGUAAAUGAAUUAAAUGGCGGGGGUGGGGGCAGGGUCCCUCUUCCAGCUCCUGUUCCCUUGGCUUCUGUUGUGGGAGGUGUCCUGUUUCAAAACACAGUUGAAAGCCUGUGACAUCCACCAGCCUCCCUUUAGCUAAAAAAAAACAAAAAGUCGGCUUUGGUAGAUUUCAUAACCUUCGUUUCAUAUUUGACAUUUUUUGUAUCAUGGAACUGAGAAUGAUAAAAAUGUAUUUCCAUAAAGUAAAGUAAUUUUUUUCUUA